UUCAUUCUGUUCCCUCUCGUGUUCCAUAUCUUUGUGUACUUCACUUUUUUGUUUGUCCACGAAAGAGAACCAGUAUUUCAAUAGGCACUGUCCAUUCAAUACACACUCGAUCGCUGGAGUAAAGCUGACCCAGCUGGAGGAAAAUCCGUCCUCUUUCACACUGAUCCAGUAAUCGCUACUUCGAGUUAUUUAGAUAUACCGUUGUCAUUCAUAAGGUUUACCGGCCUCACCUGUUCUGAAUGGGGCGUUGGCUCGACGUGAUGUGACCAUGAUGAGGUGCAGGAGUCAACGAUUUCUCCGUUACUUCGUUUUUGUGGGACUUUUUGUUAUCUUUGCGUUUCACUUCAAAUCCUCAAGCAAAGAGAACUUUGCAUCUGACGUUUCAGUGAGGGACGGCAGACGACUGUUUGGUGACGUCAGUGACGAGACUUCUGUUGACUUUCGGAAUCUCCUGCCAAUGGAUAAACGUCUGCUUUCGAAGGUCAAACAAAUGAUAGAGAAACCAGAGAAAGGUGACUACAACCUUACAAACCCAGAUAUAGAAGAUUUUUCGAGAGGUCAGAGCAGCAUAAUAGAUAUUCUUCUCAAGCAAAAGAAAAAUGGCUUCUUUAUCGAAAUUGGUGCGUCCGAUGGAGAGACCGGGUCGGUGUCCCUCUUCUUUGAGAGGAAUAGGGGCUGGGACGGGCUUCUGAUAGAGCCCCACCCUGGUCAUUACAGACAGUUACGUCACAGACACAGGAAAGCUUCGACUCUUAGAGCAUGCAUCAGGAGCAAUUCAAGUGCCAGUAAAGCCUUUGUCGACGAGAUAGAAGGUCACGUGAUCACCCCCUGCUUAUGGAUGGAGUCUAUAUUGGAAGCCUUGGGUAAAAAGACCGUUGAUCUGCUGAGUUUGGAUGCCAAGGAUCAGGAAAUGGACAUUCUGCAGGCCAUUCCUUUAUCGAACUAUUCGAUAAAUGUGAUCACCGUUGAAUUCGUCGAGGGAUCAGACAGUGAUAUGAACGUGAUGAAAUUUUUAAUGAACCAUGGCUACCACGCCAAUCAUCAAUUUGUGAACCACCCGUUACACAGAAACGAUAUGGUGUUCACCAAAGAAAAACAAGUCUAGAGAUCUCCUCCUUUUUUGUCUCAAAAUACAUUUAAUUACAAUAACUAUGUCCAUCUUCGCUAGCCAAGGUUUUCUGAUCCGAACCGCUCCUCACGAACGGAUUCGUGAGAAGUGGAUUCGUGAGGAACGGAUUCGUGAGAAGCGGUGCAGAUCAGGAACUAUGGCUAGCUAAGAUGUUAAUAUGUCAUAUCUGAUAUGAACAUUUCAAUGCAUAUUGUAUUUCAUACAAUAUCUUCCCCGUUUGUACCAAUUUUGCUUCGAAAAAAAUCUAUUAUGUUAAUAGAUGUUCACGUAUGUGUUGUAUAAAAAUAUAGUGUAUAAAUUGUAUUAAGAGUGAAAAAUAAAAUGUACAUACAUUUAAUAUAUCAAUAGUAAAUCGUAGUCUUUUGAAUAUAAUUAUAUAAUAUACAUGUACAAAUAAUAGUUUUCAUUUGAUUGAAAGUUGAAUGAAGGUUAAGAAUAAAGAAUCAUAAUUUUCUUAAAAUCUACUACGUUUUCCAACGACAAAUAUUGUAUAUUAAACGUCUUGGUUAGCAUUUGUCAAUAUUUAAAUCAUGACAUCGGUUCAGCAUUGUUUAUAUUUUAUUGAUAUAUGAAAUAAAGUCUUUCUUGGCUUGCGU